AUGAUGAUAUUAAAUUUUCUUAGGAAGAUUUUUGGCUACUUUUUCGAUUCUCCAAGGCCUAUAAUAAGUAUACAAAAUUUACCAACUCUAAGUAUUGUUCCUGAAAAAAAGCUAGUAUUUCCUAUUUGAGCAUCCCAGCCAGAUGGCAUAAAAUCUCAUAAACAGGGACUCCCUAAUGUUGGGAAUACCUGUUAUUUAAAUGCUCUUCUACAAGUAUUAUCAAGCACUCCAGAUUUUGUUCAAAAAUUACCUUCAAAUUCAAAAAUAUGUGUUUCACUGUCAAGAGUUAUAUCAUGAGUCCAACAGAAAGGCAGACUUUCAAUUUUCGCUGAAAUAAAAAAGCUUCAGCUAUAUUUAUUUCAAGAAUUCCGCAUGGUAAUAAAUACGUAGUUUAACGAGCACUCAGAAAAUGACCCAAAAGAGCUUUACUUAUCAUUAAUGGGCCUUUUGCCAGAUUCAAGCGAUUUCUCUAUAAUUUUAUAUAAGAAAAUUCUAUGCAAACUAUGCCACAAUUUUUCAAAUUUAGAAGAGCCAUCUCUCUUUUGCAUUCUAAAAAAUCCAUCAAAAAAAGAAAUUGAAGAGAAAUUAAAAAAUCUCGAAGAAGAAAAAGAGUAUAAAGGGGGAAAUUUAUUGUAUUGUGAAAAUUGCUCGGCAAACAGGGAAAUGGUAAUGAGCACCUUUGGCAUAAAUAUACCAAACAUUUUUGUAUUUUAUAUUGGGAAUGUGUUGGGCAAAAGAGCUCAAGGAGCUUAUAAUUUCUUUUAUUGUGGUGAUAAAUUUGAGCUAUAUGGGGUAAUAUGCUAUUAUAAUAGUGGGUGUAGGCAUUAUAUUGCAUAUACAUUAGAUAAUGCAGAGUGAAUGCAAUAUAAUGAUGACCAUAUUAGCUACUCAUCACCUGAUUUUGAGCAUGCUUAUAUGUUAUUUUACAAAAAGACAUAG